AUGGCUAUCACCGAACUCGCCGUCCUUAAACUGAGACCAGCGGCGUUGACAGCCGACAACAAGCCCAAUGAAACAACUACAUCUUUCCUCCGCGGUGCCAAACAGGGAAUGGAAUCCUACACUGGUUUCCCAUUCUACAUCUUCACGCAGCUAGAGGAUCCUGCAUACGUCUACAUCGUCGGAAACUGGGAAUCCCUGUCCCAGCACUAUGACGACUGGAUUCCAUCGGAUGCAAACCAGGGCCUACUCGAGAGUGGCAAGGAUCUGUUCGAUAUAGCCGGGCUAGCACAUCUUGAUAUCGAUCAGCAAGAGCUCGGGCUCCCGUGUGAUUCACCAAUGCUGGCCCUGGGAUGGUUCCAUAUGCUCCCCGAACAGAAAGAGGCAUUUAUCAAGGCAUGGGAAGCGAACGUUCCUUUUUUGAAGCAGUUCACGGCCCCACAUACAGUUCGAAGUGGCUGGCGCAUCGAUGGGGAGAGGAAGGUCGACGGCAAGGAGGUGACUGUUAAAGACGAAGGGGAGCCCGAGGUCGAGGAAUUUGUUGCAUUCACGGGCUGGCGAGAUGUUAGCCAUAACGACUCGUUUGCACAGUCAGAGGGAUUCAGUCAACACCAGCAGCUUGUUGACCACGUAACAAAGGUCGAAAUGAAGCGUCUUGUAAAGCUAGAUCUUUAA